CCGAAAACAGAACCCACCCCAAGAGUUUCAACAGUGGAAAUAAUGGAACCUGGUGGUAACCCAUUUGAGAAGUCCUUUAUUCAGCCAUCUAUGGAGAAAUUUGUUGAGAAUAUACAGCAGGAUGAUGGGAAAAUUGAAUCAUCAACUACAUUGGUUGGCAAUGGAUGCGUGGAUAUUAGAGGGAAUAUUGCAGAUAAACAAACAACUGGAGGAUGGAAGGCAUCUCCAUUUAUCAUAGUUAACGAGGUUGCGGAGAGAUUGGCAUUCUUUGCAGUAGCAGUGAACAUGGUGGCUUAUUUGGUUUUCGAAAUGCACCAAUCGCUUCCAUCUGCUGCAACUCAUGUGAAUGAUUGGAUCGGAGCUGCCUAUUGUCUUACUCUACUUGGAGCAUUUCUUGCCGAUGCUUAUUUGGGUCGAUUCUUCACCAUCAUCAUCUUUUCGUGCAUAUAUGCAGUCGGAAUGAUUUUGCUGACUCUAUCGGCUUCCAUAGACAGCCUGCGACCACCACAAUGCACGGCCAGACCAUGCAUUAAAGCAACCGGCAACCAAUCAGGUUUCCUCUUUGUUGCAUUGGCUCUUAUAGCCCUUGGAACCGGUGGUAUCAAGCCAUGCGUUUCAUCCUUUGGAGCAGACCAGUUCGACGGAGCCGAUGAAAAAGAAGCCCAAAAGAAAUAUUCAUUCUUUAACUGGUUCUUCUUUGCUAUAAACAUGGGUGCCAUUUUGGGGAUCACGCUUCUGGUAUAUGUAGAAGAGAAGACAGGUUAUGGUUGGGGUUUUGGAGUCCCUACUGUGGCUAUUGUUUGCUCCAUUUUAAUCCUAGCUGCUGGAAUACCUUUUUAUCGUUACCAAAAACCCAUGGGAAGUCCUUUCACAAGGUUUCUCCAGGUUCUUGUGGCUUCUAUUAGGAACCAUUUUCAUGGGGCUCAAUUAAAACGUGAAGCUGUUUUAUAUGAAGUUGAUUCGAUGGAGUCUGAUAUUUUUGGUGCUCGGAAACUCACUCGAACGAACCAGUAUAGGUUCUUGGACAAGGCAGCAAUGGUGAUCGAUCCUGAAGCUAAUACUAAAAACCGAUGGAGGCUUUGCACAGUGACUCAAGUAGAAGAAUUCAAGUCCUUCGUCAGAAUCCUCCCUGUAUGGGCAUCUACAAUAGCUCUUUCCAUCUCAUUUGCUCAACUCUCGACCUUCUUCAUCAGCCAAGCCACCAUUAUGGACCGCAAACUUGGUCCGCACUUCAACAUUCCAGCAGGCUCGGUCCCUGUUUUCAGUGCCAUCAACGCCCUCUUACUCGUCCCCAUCUAUGAAAUAUGGAUGGUCCCGAUCUUACGUAAACACACCGGUCAUCGUCGUGGUCUUACAUCUUUACAAAGAAUGGGUGUCGGCCUAUUCAUAUCUAUCUUUGCAAUGGCCUCGGCUGCUUUAGUCGAGAAGAAACGCCGAGACCACCCUGAUCUGUCAUCUUUGACAGUGUUCUGGCUGCUUCCGCAGUUCUUCUUAAUUGGCACUGCCGAGGUUUUCACUUACGUGGGACAAUUGGAGUUCUUUUAUGAAGAAGCGACCGAUGGGACGAGAAGCAUAAGCAGCGCGAUGUUUCUUAGUGAGAUUGGGAUUGGAAGUUGGUUGAGCACCGCCAUUGUUAAAAUCAUUGAGCGUGCAACCGGUGGAGAACAAACAGGGUGGCUAAGAAAUGAUCUCAACAAAAGCAGGCUCGAUAAUUUCUACUGGGUAUUGGCGAUAAUCAAUGCUGCUAAUUUCUUGAAGUACUUGUGGGUUGCUCGACGAUAUAAGGGAAAGAAUGGCAUGGGACAGAGCACUGCUAGGGUCGAGAACUCGGUCGAGUUGGAUGCUGCUGAUGAAGUGAAGAAGGAUAAAGGGGAGUUUCAAAGCAUGGUGUUGUGAAAUUCAACAAUAAUUACUUCCAUUCAUCUGUAGCUUCCACUUCAAGUUAUAAUGUGUAACGAAUUAUUUCACCUUAUUUGCAGAUCAACAAAUUUAAUUGUUUUCCUAAUUUUAAAA